AUGGCGCCCCGACGAUACGAAUCGGAGAAGAAGGAUGUCUCAGUAUUGGGCAAACCCCUCGAUUUCGUCUUCUCUAAGAAGACUGCGCAGAACCGAUUCUUGAAGGGUGCCAUGACUGAGAGACUUUCUUCAUGGGAUGCCAAGAACCUUGAAGCUCGUGGUGUUCCCUCAAAAAACCUCAUCAAUGUAUACCGACGAUGGGGAGAAGGCCAAUUCGGUGUAAUCCUUACUGGUAACAUCAUGAUCGAAUACGACCACCUCGAAGCUGCUGGUAAUCCCAUCAUUCCCCGCGGAUCACCCUACGAGGGCGAGCGAUUCGAAAACUUCAGGGAGCUUGCGGCGCAAGCGAAGCGGCACGGCUCUCUGAUUGUUGGCCAAGUCAGUCAUCCCGGUCGCCAGGUCGCAGACGUUAUUCAAAAGAAUCCCAUUUCUGCAUCAGACAUACAACUAGAGGGCAAUGUCAUGGGUAUGACUUUCGCAAAGCCCCGUGCUGCCACUGAAGAAGACAUUAAGAACGUUGUGGAAGGCUUUGCACACGCCGCAGAGUACUUGGAGAAGGCGGGAUACGACGGCAUACAACUUCACGGUGCUCAUGGUUACCUGCUGGCUCAAUUUUUGUCACCUACCACCAACCGACGUACCGACAAGUACGGAGGAUCUCCUGAGAAUCGCGUUCGUAUCAUCACUGAGAUUGGCCAAGAGGUUCGCCGCCGCACAUCUGAAAAUUUCCUAUUGGGCAUCAAGCUCAAUUCCGUGGAGUUUCAGGAGAAGGGCUUCAACACGCAAGAAGCCGCGAUCAUCUGCAAGAUCCUUGAGGAGAACACCUUUGACUUUGUUGAAUUGUCUGGAGGGACUUACGAGCAGCCCGCGUUUGGGCACAAGCGUGAAUCCACCAAGAAGCGCGAGGCCUUCUUCCUCGAAUUUGCAGAGAAGAUUACACCUUCGCUUUCAAAGACCCGUACCUAUGUUACUGGUGGAUUCAAGACUGCAUCAGCAAUGGCUGAUGCCCUCAAUACCGUCGACGGUGUCGGUCUCGCCCGCCCUAUAACUCUUGAACCGGAGCUGCCCCGUCAGAUCAUCAACGGUGAAGUGCAUGCCGCUAUCGAUCAGCUUACAGAUGACAAUGACUUUGGAAUCACCAAUAUUGCAGCCGGUACACAGAUCCGACAGCUGGGUAAGGACCAGCAGCCCAUUGAUCUCAGCGACGAGAAGAACUUUGAAGCUUUUCAGAAGGAUGUUGCAACAUGGAGUAAGAAGCUUGCAGAAGACAAGAUUGGAAGCGAGUAUGGUUAUGUAGAUAUUGAAAGUAUCCCUGCUGUUCCUUAUGGAAGCUCAGCACCCACUUCGUAG